UGAUCUCUGGGUAUGAGGCAGCGACUCAGUGGGAUGUAGGAACAUUUUUUUCUUAAUCUGAUUAAAAAAGUAAUUUCAUCUAAUUCAAAGUUGAAUUAUGAUUCUCAGCUAGGGGUGUAAGAAAAUAUCGAUACACGUGAGUAUCGCGAUAUUUUGUUUAUAAAUAUCGAUAUUAUUGAUAUUUAUAAAAAAAAAAAAAUUAUACAGAUUCAUGGCAGUUUAAUUUUGUUCUGUUUAUAUCCCAACCGCUAGAUCGCAGUCUUCUUAUCUCUGAACUUAAACAGUGACAGGAAGUACUAGCAUAACAGCGCGCUACUAAUGUUAACGUUAAAAUAGUUUGCUGCUAGUAAUGGAGGAUGAAAGAAUAUUUCCAGCUCCCGCUUCAGUGUACAAAGCCGAUGUGUGGCGUCAUUUCGGCUUUCGUUACAGACCAGGCACGAAAGAGAUUGACAAAAGUAUUGCUGUUUGUAAAAUGUGCAAUGCCAACGUCAAAUAUUCAAAGAACACUACAAAUCUGAGAGCGCACAUAACGAGGCACCAUGCGGAUGCACGGAUAACAGAACAGCAGCAAAUGGCUAACGUUUAAAGAGAGGAUCCCCGUCAACUCACCCUGGAGCAAGUUCACAGAUCAAAGUUACCACCAACCUCAACGCGUGCAACCAAAAUAACUCAGUCAGUACUUUAUUUUAUUUGCAAAGAUAUGCGCCCUCUCAGUGUCGUAGAGAAGGAAGGCUUCCGUCAUAUGCUGAAAACUUUGGAGCCUCGCUACACAAUACCAUCCCGCCAGCACAUUACGGACAUCGCUGUGCCCAACUUGUACAAUGAGGUAAAAAUGAGCGUACUACAAUCUCUUAGCUUAGCUGAGAGAGUCGCGUUGACAUGUGAUGCUUGGACAUCCCGGGCCACUGAAUCAUUCUUAACGAUAACAGCGCACUACAUAACGACUGAGUGGAAUCUGGUCUCGUAUGUACUACAGACAAGAGCAAUGCAUGACAGUCACACAGGGAAUAACAUUGCAGAAUUACUAAAGGAGGCGGUCACUGAAUGGGGUUUGGAAGAGAAACAUCCAGUGAUUGUAACAGACAAUGCAUCCAAUAUGAAUGUCGCGGCUGGACUCGCAGACAUGACCCACAUCCGAUGUUUUGCGCACAGCCUGAAUCUCGCCUCACAGAAAGCACUAAAGUUGCCAGCAGUGGAGUGACCCCUAGGCAGGAUCAAACGUGUUACAAGCUUUUUCAGACGCAGCACCAUAGCCAGCCACCAGCUAAAACAAAAGCAAGACCUGCUCCAGCUACCAAAACACAGGUUAAUUACAGAUGUUGUCACGAGGAAUAGCUCUUAUGACAUGAUAGAUAGAUUUUUUUAGAACAACCACCAGCCAUCUGUGCAGCACUACUUUCAACAGAGGUCAGAAAGUGUGAAAAGGAUGUCUUCACAAUGAAUGAAGCUGACAUCACAUGUGCUGAGGAAGUGCUCAAGGCACUGAAGCCAAUGAAGAAUGCCACAUUGGUCAUGUCAGAAGAGAGCAUGCCCACUCUUUCUGUCAUUGCACCACUUUAUUCAAAGCUUGUCAUGGGCACAGAAGAAAGCCCAGAUGAUACAAAGACAGCAAAGGACAUCAAGGCUGCUAUAGCACAAGAUCUGGGAAAGAGAUAUGCCAAUGAGAGGGAGACACUGUGCAUGGCAGCUCUGGAUCCAAGGUUUAAGGAUCUACCCUUUCUCUCUGAAAUGGAGAUCAAAGAGACCUACUCCAAAAUGACGGAUGCUGUGGUGGCUGCCAUAAAGAAGCAACAGAAUCAGCAAGAUAGAGAAGUAGUGGAGACUGACCAGUCAAAGGAUGUUGAAGAUCACCUAUCUGACUAUGAAGAUGGCUCUGCCUCCACCUCCCUGCAACCCAUAAAGAGGCCAAGGAAAUCAUGUGCAUUGGCUGACUUGCUUGGAAUGGUAUUUGCCACUUCUGAAAACAGCACCAAAAUCUGCACAUGAUACUGCUGCAUCUGAGAUUAAGAGGUUUAGAGAAGAAAAACCUUUGCCCCUCCAAGAAAACAAACUCAGUUGGUGGAAAGAACAUGAAGAUGCGUACCCUGAGCUAUCCAAACUAGCAAAGGGUUUCCUGUGCAUUCCGGGCACAAGUGUUUCUGCAGAAAGAGUUUUCUCCACCGCAGGAGACAUUGUAACUGCACAUAGAAGUGCCCUGACAUCUGAGCAUAUUGACCAGCUUAUCUUUCUUCAGAAAAACCUUGACAUUAAAUAAAAAGACAAAUAUAAAUACAAAUGAAAGAAACCUACUGUAUAAAAUCCAAGUUUAAAGGUUCUGAGAAUGUUCAACAUCUGUAAAUAUUUUAUUGUUUAUAUUUGUUUUGUUUUCUUUAGGAAUCCUGCAAGCACUUUAUUUUUAAUUGAUAUAAAGCAGAUGUAAUUCUUUUGUUCAGAUCAAAAUGUUAGGACACUGCAUGCUACAAUUGUAAACUGAAACUGUGAAGCUUUAAAAGCAGGGUCUAAAAAUAUAUAUGGUCUGUUUAUAACAGCUAACAUUUAAUACAUUUAGUUUAAUGCAUUUAAGAAAUCCUGCAAGCACUUUAUUUUUCCCCCUUGAUUCAUACUGCACAUAAAGUGGUUCAAUCAUAUUGAAUGUUACAGGGGCUAAUUAAUGCAAAUGCAGUUCCCACUGUGUUCUGGUU